CGCACCACCUGAGCACCAAAAUCUUUUCCUUAGUGCCAGCUGGCUUACCCCGCCCCCACCACUGGUACCUGUAGGUGCCCCGCCAACAUUGUCUCGUCUUGUCUGCUUCUUCGUUCGUCAUCUUCCAUCUUUUUUUUGUUUGGUCUGUAACAAGUUUCAGCAUCCAUCAUGGAAGACCGCGAUAUCCUCCCCGAUAACUUCAAGCCCGUCCACUAUUCCCUGUCCGUCAAGGACUUGGAUCUGACCAACUGGACUUUUGGUGGCGUUGUAGCAAUCGAUUGCAAGAUUGUCAAGCCCACCAAGCAGAUUGUCAUCAACACUCUGUUCCUCAAGCUCACCAACGCCAAGGUCACCUUUGACCAGACCAAGUCGAGCCAAACUUUCGAGUCCACCACCUUCUCCUACGAUGACGUCGCCCAGCGCUGCACCAUUGACUUUGACCAGGAGUUCCCUGUCACAGACAAGGCCUGCAUUACCAUUGAGUACACUGGCGAGAUCAACAACGACAUGGCCGGCUUCUACCGCAGCAAAUAUCUCCCCGCCGUCCCCGCCGUCGCUUCUACCCCACGCGAUGCAGAGUACCACUACAUGCUGAGCACACAAUUCGAGGCCUGCGAUGCCCGCCGAGCCUUCCCUUGCUUCGACGAGCCUAACCUCAAGGCCACCUUUGACUUUGAGAUCGAAGUUCCCACCGACCUUGUCGCUCUCAGCAACAUGCCCGUCAAGAGCACGACUCCUUCCAAGGAAGGAUGGCACGUGGUCGCCUUUGACCGCACGCCUGUCAUGUCUACUUACAUUCUUGCCUGGGCCCUUGGUGACUUUACUUAUAUCGAAGCCUUCACUGACCGCCUCUACAACGGCAAGCGCCUCCCUGUCCGCGUCUACACCACCCGCGGCCUCGAGGAGCAGGGUCGCUGGGCCUUGGAGCACGCCCCCAAGACUAUCGACUACUUUUCCGAAAUCUUCGACAUUGACUACCCCCUGCCCAAGUCCGACUUGCUCUGCGCUCACGAGUUCACCCACGGUGCCAUGGAGAACUGGGGUCUUGUUACCUACAGAACCACCCGCAUUCUGUACGACGAGAAGACCUCUUCUCCCAAGCUCAAGAACGAUAUCGCCUACGUUGUUGCCCACGAGCUUGCUCACCAGUGGUUCGGUAACCUGGUCACCAUGGACUGGUGGGAUGAGCUCUGGCUCAACGAGGGUUUCGCCACUUGGGUUGGUUGGAUUGCCGUCGACCACUUCCACCCCGACUGGAACGUCUGGGUUCAGUACAUUCUCGAGGGCAUGGAGCAGGCUUUUACCCUCGAUGGCCUUCGCAACAGUCACCCCAUUCACGUCCCUGUUCGUGAUGCCCUUGACGUGAACCAGGUCUUCGAUUACAUCAGCUACCACAAGGGAUGCUCUUCUAUUCGCAUGUUGGCUAACCACCUCGGCGUCGAGACCUUCCUCAAGGGUGUUUCCAACUACCUCAAGGCGCACGCCUAUGGAAACGCCAAGACCAAGGCUCUUUGGGAUGCUAUUAGCGAAGCCUCUGGUCAGAACGUCAAUGCUCUUAUGGAGCCUUGGAUCUCCAAGAUUGGCCACCCGGUCCUCAAGGUUGAAGAAGAGGGUGAUAAGCUGGCUCUUCAGCAAUCGCGCUUCCUGUCCUCUGGCGAUGUUAAGGCCGAGGAAGACAACACCACUUGGUGGCUUCCUCUGCGUCUUGAAGGCAAGACGGAUCAGCCUGGCGUUGCGACCAUUUCGCUCAACGAGAGACAGAGCAACGUUGACGGCGUCAGCCUCGAAUUCUACAAGGUCAACUCCGGAGCGUCCGGCUUCUACCGCCUCAACUACCCCGAGUCGCGCCUUGAUAAGCUGAGCAAGCAGCUUGACAAACUUUCUUUCGAAGAGAAGGUUUACACCAUCAGCUCUGCGUCUGCCCUGGCCUUCUCUGGCCACUCCUCUCCCGCUGCCCUCCUUACCUUCCUGCAGGGUUUCGAGGACGAGGAGCACCCUCUUGUCCUGGAGAGAAUCCUUGUUUCCAUUGAUACUCUCAAGAGCGUGUUUGGCAAUGACACCGCCAUUGAGGCCAGCUUGGCCAAGUUCACCAACAAGCUGCUUGCAAAGCAGGUUGCCAGACUCGGCUGGGCUUCCACUCCCAACGAGCACUACCAAACCACCAUUGUCCGCGGUCUUAUUCUCCGAAGCGCCGUUGCCGACAACGCCCCUGGUGCCCGCGACGAGGCCGUGAAGCGCUUCAACGCUUGGGUCGAGAACCCUGUGGCCAAUGCCAUUGAGCCUUCUCUUCGCAGCGCAGUUUGGCUUGCCGGUAUCCUUGAGAACCCUACCCACGCUGUCACCAUCUUGAAGAAGGAAUGGUACGAGAGCAGAAGCGUUGACACUAAGCAGGAGGUGCUUGAGGCCCUUGGUCGUGUGCAAGACCUUGAGGUCAUCAAGAGCUCCAUCUUGACCUUCUUGUUCAAUACUACACCCCCUACCGAUGCUGUUGCAUCUGCAGACGUGCACAUCAUGUCUGUCGUCAUGGGUGACAACACGGCAGUUCGCGAUCAUCUGUGGGAUCAUGUCAAGAACAACUGGGAUAUUGUCAACACCAAGUUAGGCAACCCCAUCGUCAUGGACCGCUUCGUUGGCCGUACCUUCCAGUACUUUGUCGACACGGCCAAGAUUGAUGAGAUUGCGGCCUUCUUCAGCGACAAGGAUACCAAGGCUUACAACCGCUCGCUUAACACUGUGUUAGAUCACAUUGCUGCCCGUGCUGCAUACCGCCAGCGCGGAAGCGCUGCUCUCCAGGAGUGGCUUACCGGCAACGGAUAUUAAAAAAAAAGUGGACGAUAAAAAAGGGAAAAAUACAGGGGAUGCCAUACAGAACCGGGGAAUAGUCAUGAGAAAACGAAAGACGAAGAUGUUGAGCAUGGCAUUAGGCUUAAAAAAUAAAAAAAUAAAAAAUAGACUUAGUACAGAAGUCGUCGUAUAGCUAUCCAUAACACAGAAAUACACCAUGUAACAAAUGC